ACUGACAAACAGUUUGUGGCCAGUGAGGCGUGGAGCACAAGUGCUGAUCUUCUCAAAGAUCCUGUCACUUCUGUGGUGGCAAGGGGUGUGCUUGGUGUGGCCAUUCGAAGUAGAGUCAUACCUGGAUUUGAAUAUUUUAUCAGAAGUUUGAAACCAUCUCGUCGUCCUGACGAUACAUUCUUAAGAGAAUUUUGGGAAAAGGUAUUUAGUUGUAAUCCUGGGGCCACACCACUCUCCAAAUAUGCCUCUUCACUGCCGUCUCAAGCAGACAGGUUGCUUCAAAAAGCUUCUCAACCACCCUGCAGUGGCACAGAGUCCCUGGAGGGAGUGCAGAAUCACUUCACUGAUACAUCUCAGCUCAGGGUGACCUAUAAUGUCUACCUUGCUGUUUAUGCUGCAGCACACGCCCUUCACACGCUUCUCUGCCCGUCAGACAGCUCACCUGGAAACAACAGCCCCACCUGCUCUUCUCCAAAAAGCAUCAAAUCCAUAGAGCUGUUGCAGCACUUAAACAACGUGAACUUCACAUCGCCACAGGGUGAAAUGUUUUAUUUCCAAGACGACAACACCCCAGCAAAGUACGACCUUAUCAACUGGCAGAACACCCCUGAGGGAUCACUCAAACUUGUUGUGAUUGGUCGUGUGGAUGGGUUUGACCUCCACCUAAACGAGUCAGCUAUUCAGUGGAGCACCGAGUCCAAUCAGGUGCCUACUUCAGUGUGCAGUGAGAGCUGCCCCCCAGGCACCCGAAAGGCCAGCAGGAAAGGAGAACCUCUCUGCUGCUUUGACUGUAUCCCAUGUGCUGAUGGGGAGAUCAGCAAUCAAACUGGUUCCCUUCACUGUGAGCGUUGUCCAUUAGAGUUUUGGUCCAAUGCUAAACGAACUGCCUGCAUCCCUCGCCAGCUGGACUUCCUUUCCUUUAAUGAAACUUUGGGCAUUGCCCUGACUACAGCAGCUGUGUCUGGUACCAUGGUGACAACAGCUGUGUUUGUAGUUUUUGUUUACUACCGUCAAACACCUAUGGUACGAGCCAACAAUUCAGAACUGAGCUUCCUGCUUCUCCUGUCGCUGAAGCUCUGCUUCCUGUGCUCACUGGUGUUCAUUGGUCGUCCAUCAGUCUGGACUUGUCGGUUCCAGCAGGCAGCUUUUGGGAUCAGCUUUGUACUCUGUGUUUCCUGCCUCAAAGUUAAGACCAUAGUGGUUCUGGCUGCUUUCCGCUCAGCUCGGCCUGGCGCUGAAACCUUGAUGAAGUGGUUUGGUCCGGGCCAACAGAGAGGAAGUGUUUGCCUCUUUUCCUUUUUACAGGUUUUUAUUUGUCUUAUUUGGCUGUUGCUCAGCCCCCCUGUGCCUCAAGCUGACUUGGAUAUCCCAGGGUUAAAGGUCACCCUCAAGUGUGCCAUGACCUCUGUGGUGGGCUUCUCUCUGGUUCUGGGUUACAUUGGCCUGCUGGCCUGCACCAGUCUCCUUUUGGCCUUUCUUGCUCGUAAACUCCCUGACAACUUUAAUGAGGCCAAACUGAUCACCUUCAGCAUGCUGAUAUUCUGUGCU